AUGGGGAGGAAGAGGUGGGUCGACGGGGACGGGAUGAAGAAAGGAGAGUGGACGGCGGAGGAAGAUCAAAACCUUGUCGCUUACAUCAAUGAGCAUGGCAUCUGUGAUUGGCGUACUCUCCCCAGAAGAUCUGGUUUGCAGAGAUGUGGAAAGAGCUGCAGAUUAAGGUGGCUUAAUUACCUAAGGCCUGGUAUUAAAAGAGGCAAAUUCACUCCCCAGGAAGAAGAAGAGAUCAUCAAACUUCAUGCUGUUCUCGGAAACAGGUGGGCAGCCAUUGCGAAGGAGAUGGAUAAUCGAACAGACAACGACGUCAAGAACCAUUGGAACUCUUCUCUCAAGAAAAGACUGUUGAGGAAAGGAAUUGACCCGAUGACCCACGAACCCAUCAUCAAUAACAACCUCACCGUCACCACCACUAAAGAAGACUGUGCUAGCUCUUCAACGAUUACGUCGUCUUCUACCUCCUCACCUUCCGGCUCGGCUAGUCUCCUGAACAAGCUCGCCACAGGUAUCUCGUCUAGACAACAUGAUCUUGAUCGGAUCAAGAACAUCUUGUUGGUCCCGAGAAUCACAAGCAUUGAUCAAGAUGAGCAAGAAGGGUUAAAGAGGGAUCACAAGAUUGAAAGUGGUGAAGAAGAAGGUGAUUUUCUGAUGUGGGACGUUGAAGAAGUUAGGCGUUUUAUGGAGACUGACGAAAUGGAGUACGAGACGACGACGCCGUACGUCUCUCGCUUUUACGAAAGCACUCACGUACUUGAUGACCUCCUCUGA